CUUCAUCGCUCUUUCCGUCCUCCCCUCACCUUCAUUUCGUGCCGCUCUGCACUGGGUGCAGACGAAGAGUCUCUGCUCUCUCCUUGUUAACUGCUCUUGAGCAGUAAUAGGCCGCUUCGAUGUCAGUAUACGUGAUUGUCGACGAUGCUGACUCAAACAUCAAUUAUUCGCCGGUGGUGACUCACGAUAGUGGUGCUACGACCUCGGCGGAAGCUGAGAGCAAUGGCUGGUUCGUCGGUGGAGCUGGAGCGUUGAACGAGUUUCUCGUAGACACAUCUGGCACCGGGAAGGCCUCUUCGACGAUGAGCUACCAAUUCACAGGAAACUCCAUCUCGGUCUUUGGCACUACACCAGGCUUGAACGAGGGCAACUCGUACACCAGCACUGACGUCUCGUUCAGUAUUGACGGAAGCGUCAUCUCCAACAAUACAUACCUCGUCCCACCUGCCACCCGUCGUCAUAUCCCCUUCUUCGUCUCUCCAGAUCUCUCCUCCUCUUCCUCAAACACGCACACGCUCGAAAUCGAAGUAAUCAGCGCUGCCUCGACGACCAAUCAGUCCAAUUUUCUCAUAGACUACUUCAUCUACAACGCAACGGUCAACUCGACGAUACCAUCACCGGAGAAACAGACUAGCUGGGUGUUCGUGGACGACCAGAGUGAAUACCUGGAUUAUUCGCAGGGAGGAAACGGCUGGAGUGGGAAUGUGAUCAAUUUCCCAGGGACGGGGGAUUUCAACCUAACGGAUGCCGCUUUCAAUUCAAGUGUAAUGGGGCCGACGAGUUCAUCCUCGACAGUCACGCUUAACUUCACGGGUGUCUCAACGAUCCGAGCGUACGCCAUGCUCAUAGCCAAUACCAGUUCCGGUUCACUCGGCUCCUAUACCCUCGACGGCUCCCCAUCUCAACUCAUCACUCCAUCCUCGGGCUCGGCAUAUCCUAUAUACAACUUCGAAAUUCUCACCGCAACACCUUCCUCGGGCGACUCACACACGUUGGAGAUCCAGGCCAAAGACGCCAACGCGUUUUACUUGGAUUAUGUGUUGUUGCAGACAGGGAAUGCUUUUGUGACGGAGUUGGCUACAACCUCUGGGUCGGGGUCAGGUUCGAGUGGCGGGACUGGAAAUGGCGGAAGUAGUGGCGGUGGGGGUGGAUCCACCGGAAGCGAUAAUGGCGAUGGCGGUUCGAGUGGAACGAACGUCGGCGCAAUUGCUGGUGGCGUUGUUGGUGGUGUGGUGGCCCUCGCCGCCAUAGGCCUGGCAAUCUUCUUUUGGCUGCGACGAAGGCGAGACAAGAAUGGAUAUGCGUCGAAGGGCAGGUUUGAUGUGGCUGCCGAGGAUCGCUAUGCUCCCACAGAAGGGUAUGGUGAUGUUCAUGGGUAUCAGGAUGGUGAGGGGCAGGGGCAGGGUAUGCCGAUGGGGAUGUACCAGCGACAGCGGGCCCAGUCGAACUAUACCAUCACCGCUACGCCCUUCCUCCCCAACCUGUCCCCGAGCACACUCUCAUUCUUACCAAGCCCUUCCACCUCUGCCGAUCCCAUCGACCCCAACAUACCUUCAGCCGACAACUCGGGCUACAUCUCCGCCUCCAACGCUAUCUCUUCUCAAUCCCGAAAACUCGACAUGUAUACUCAUAUUACAGGACCCGUCCCUGCCACUGCUUCAUCAUCCGUCCUUCCACCUAACACGCACAUCGCAGACCGACCACGAUCAGGAUCUGAGGUCUCGUCGUCUGCUGUAGGUGCUUCGUUAGGCGCGUCAACGGGUAUCGGGUCAACGCCGGUGCUAUUAGAGAGGGAUAGUGGAUUGAGAGGGUUUGAAGAACCGGUGAGGUUACCGCCGCAGUAUACCCCGGAGUGAGGACGCUUUUCUUUCGUUUUCUUUUGUAUCGCAUUCCCUUUGGCGUUGGGUGGGAAAUCUGGUGGACUUUGACGCUGUUGGUGCGGUUUGGACACGAUAUAUUGGCCGUACAUCUAUCUUUACUUGGAAUCAGACAUAUCCUUAUUUAUCCUAUAUUUUCGUGCUCGACCCUUGGAAGAGACACAUUGC